AUGAACUUCAACGGCGCCAUCAAGACCGAGCCUGUUCCCAAGGUUGAGACAGGUAUCACACGCGAGCUUGCCCCAAACGCGGCGCCCAUGUCAAGAUCGAGGGGAAACCCAGACUUGACGAAGACGGCGACAUCAUCUUUCGCCGCCCCCGACUUCUCCUCUGGCCUGGUCAUGGACGAUGAUGGUUGCCCGACCUGUCCCACACGCAAAGGAAAGGAGCGAACACGAGCUCAACCCAACCCAUCCACUCCUAUUGUUGUAAAAGACGAUAUCGAUGAAGAAGAGCUACCCUGGGCCGGCAUCAUCCUGAAACGGGCGAGAGCCCACAGCCCACCUGCUGCCUCAUGCUCGAAAAGGCAAACACUUGUUCCCGCCCACAACUAUGGUGCCUCCUCCUCCUCCUCCGCCUCGUCUCACCAGACCUCAUCAUUAGCAACCAUAGCAACAUCUUCUGGGGUAAGCCGUGUGGUGCCAGAGUGGCCCCUCAGGCGUCCACUAUGGCUCGAUAACCUCAAAGAAGUCUAUGAUUCAGACCUAAACGAGUUUUACCGCUAUAUCGAUAUCUGGUUCAAACGGGUCGAGACGAAUAUCAGUAUCGCGCGAGUGGAUGAUUAUUCCCGUUGGAUCCGCCUAAACUACAAUGAGUCGAGAUGUUUCACUGGAAUCAUCCAUGCGUUUCCUUAUGCAAGUCUCACUGAGUGCUUGCAAGCUAUCGACAUGGUAAGGGGCCAUACCGGGGCAGUUGCCACCUACAUGAAGUGGCAGAUCGCGCUGCGAGAAUUCACCAUGCCCGGCUCGCGCAUCCCAAAGAAACAUUUCCUUGCGACAAAGAACUACACACCCAUCGAGUUCCAGCACGUCUUGACUGGUACGAGGGAGACCUCACACCUUUGUGACUUCGCCUACUGCAUCAACCCCACGCAUCUUACCAUCGAGUCUCAUGCCAACAACAUGGACCGGGGGAAAUGCUUCGCCCAAGCGAGGUCAGAUGCUGAGAAGGGCAUGAAGAUUCGAAAACAUUGCGCAGUACACUCCCCACCAUGCUUGCUACAGCUUGCAUGUGAGCCGUCAACAGGAAAGAUCAUCACCGAGUACGAGAGUCUCGGGAACCCAGCUGUCCAGGACCUGCCCCCGCAAACUAAGCCCACCAGGGGACCGGCACUGUUUGCCACCAACAUCCGAAUCGUCAGCUGA